AUGUUCCUGAGAAAACUUUAGCAUACUUCAGCUACAUACGAUAUCAAUAAGUGGGACUAAGACUACAAUCGAUUUAUCAAGCAUCCUUAUUUCGUAAGUUUAAAUGCUGGCGGCCAGAGUGUGCUAAACUCUAAUUCUAAAGACAUGUAUGGUUCAAAUGGGAGAAUAAACUCAGCAAGGGUCAUGAGUGCAAGAUAAUCAACUUCCUCUGGAUUGAAAUCUAUAAGAAAUACUAAUAACCUGAUGACAGAUGAACAGAUUGAGAAGGCUAAUAAGGCUUAGGAAUUAAUGAAAGGCUAAAAUGAAUUAGAAUAGAGAGUAUCUCAGACGAUCUAAUAUGAGGACAAUCUGUAGAUAGCAAGACCUUUAACUGCUUCCAAAGGAAAUAAAAAGAUGAAAAAAGUCAAGAUCAAUGGUGAAUUCCAAAUUAAGAAGCAAAAUAUUAAAUCAAUGAGCAAUUCAAAAGCUAAGGAGCAAUAGCAAUUAUAAUGGAAUGAAAAAAUCUAAUCAGAGUAAGUUGAUAUGAAAUAGGAAAAAGCUGAAGAGGGAAUCAAUGAUUAUCAAGAAGUAGAAAACGCUUAUGAGUGA